UUAUUAAUUAUGAAUUGAGUCAGUUACUGAGCUCUUUAUUUUAUGAAUAUCUUUAUCCAUAUGAACAUUGAUAAUGGUGGUAGUAUUAGCUAAACCCAAUUUGGUCUCUUGCAACUUCCCCACUCUCAAAACGCUAAAAUCAAUUGAACCCCACAGAACAACAACAACAACAGCAGCAUUUGCCUCGAAAUGUUGUUUGAGACUCAGUUCCUUCAAAUUCAAACCUCUAGUAGUCACCAAACCCUCCUUUGCUUUAUCAUCAUUUCGAAAAAAGGGUACUAUCGUCAUUUGCCAUGACUCUUCCAACAAAGAGAGUGAAGUUGGUAGGAGUGUGGAUGAGGGAGGAAGAGAUUGGACAACCUCAAUUUUGCUCUUUCUUUUGUGGGUUGCACUUAUCUACUAUGUUUCAUUUCUCUCCCCAGACCAAACACCUUCAAGGGACGUGUAUUUCUUGAAAAAGCUGUUGAAUUUGAAAGGGGAUGAUGGUUUUAGAAUGAAUGAAGUGCUUGUUUCUGAGUGGUAUAUAAUGGGUUUGUGGCCUUUGGUAUAUAGCAUGUUGCUACUUCCUACAGGAAGGAGCUCAAAAAGCAAUGUUCCUGUAUGGCCCUUCCUGACACUUUCAUUUUUUGGUGGCAUAUAUGCCCUUCUUCCUUAUUUUGUUCUCUGGAAACCACCACCACCUCCUGUUGAAGAAACACAGCUUAAAACAUGGCCAUUGAAUUUUUUGGAAUCAAAAGUCACUGCACUGAUAUUGCUUGCUUCAGGUAUAGGCAUCGUAGCAUACGCUGGUUUAGCUGGGGAAGAUGUAUGGAAAGAAUUUUUCCAGUACUGCAGGGAAAGCAAAUUUAUCCAUGUUAUGUCCAUUGAUUUUACUUUACUCUCGACAUUGGCACCAUUUUGGGUUUACAAUGAUAUGACUGCUAGAAAAUGGUUUGACAAAGGUUCUUGGCUUCUUCCAGUAUCACUGAUACCAUUGCUGGGGCCUGCUUUAUACCUUCUCUUACGGCCCUCACUAUCAACCUCUGUCGUUGCACAAACUCCUGCUGAGUCAGAGUAAAUCCAUCGAAUACUGCCAAUAUGAAUAGGAAUUCACAUUUUUAAUGCAAUAAGAAUUGAUAUUGAUUGUUUGGUUUGGUUUGGUUCAGAAUGGCAGUAUUCAUUCUACAAAGUCCACAACAUAGUUAUGUAGUAGCUCAUCACCACAAUUUCACUAGCCCAUAACAGUAUAGAGAUCCAUUUUAGGCAUAAUCUUUACAGAAACUUGUUUUCUUCUUUUGCUGUAUGUAAUAAUUCCUUGGAGAGAAGUUCUACUAUUUUAUCUACAUUUUUAUUAUCUUGGAUGAGAUCCAAUUGGAAGAAAGGGCAUUAUUAUUAA